ACACGCCCUGCUAUUUGGGACACGCCCCGUUCACUGACUAGUUCCUGUGUUUUUGCCCGCAGUUACUACAACAUUAGGAGAGACGACAUGGCUGACUUUGUCCAAGCUCAAAUCAAAGGAGACCAAGUGGUAGUUUUUCUGAAACCUUCAUGUCCUUACUGCGUGCUCGCCAAAGACGUGCUGUCCAAAUACAGCUUUAAAUCCGGCCAUUUAAAUUUCGUCGACAUCAGCGGAAGAGACGACAUGGGCGCCAUUCAGGAUUACUUACAGAACAUCACCGGCGCUAGGACCGUUCCACGUGUAUUUAUAGGCGGGGAGUGUAUCGGAGGAGGCAGUGACGUACAAGGGCUGGACAACAGCGGCAAACUGAAAGGCAUGCUGCAGAAAAUCGGCGCACUGCAGUGACAAGAUGAUGGCCAUGCCACUCGGAGGGGGGAGGUCACAUGAUGCUGCAGCGGGAUUUGCGCAGCUGCCGUCUGCGUUGUUGGUACUCGCUGAGCUCCUGCAGGUAGCCUCUGGAGGGCCAGCGCAGCCGUUCCACCUGGUCCCGCUCCUCCUCUGUCCAACAGCAGCACUGUGACCAUGAGGAAAACACAGCGACACCCCUCACCCCCCACCACAUAUCUAUAUGCCUUAUGCUUUUUCUAUUAUAAUAACCAUUUAAAUGCAUCAUAAUCAUAAAAUUGCCUUAAUAUAAACUCAUGGAUGAUACAAUAAACCUCAUUAUGCAUGUACUUUAAGAAAUAUUCAUUCAAUAAUGCUUUUUCUUUCAUGGUCUGCAUCAUGUUACAUUUUAUUGGCCAAAAUUUGUAUUUAUCGCAUUUCAUUAAAAAAUAAUCUGCAUUGAAUAAAAAGUGUCUAGUGCAUUUUCGGGGAAAAAUUUA